CAUUAAUUAAUUAUUAGAGUGGACGUGAUCCGGGCAGGAGUCGUCAAACAACAUUCGAUUCGACUGACUCUAACCUUAAUUAGACCUUGUACGUACGUAAUGGAGCUUUUGAAUGUUCACCACCCUCUUGUUUUUAUUUUUGGCCUUUUAGGUAACAUUAUUUCCACCGGGGUCUACUUUGCUCCGAUGCCAACAAUUAUUGAAAUAUGCAAGAGAAAAUCGACAAUGGGGUUCCAGUCACUGCCAUACGUUGUCUCCCUCUUUAGCGCAUUGCUAUGGUUGUACUACGCCUUCAUCAAAGGAGGCGGCACGUUCCUUCUAAUCUCCAUUAACACUCUCGGUACCUUUAUUGAAUCCGUUUACAUCAUCAUUUUCCUCGUAUAUGCUACACCAGACACCAAGAAGCAAACGUUUAAGGGUCUGGCUGCUACCAUGGUGUUAUGCCUUGUGAUUUCUUUGGUCACACUCUUGUCGUUCCAUGGAUCAACAAGGGUCCUAGUUGUUGGAUGGAUUUGUGUUGGGAUAUCCAUAUGUGUUUUUGCAGCACCUCUCACUAUCGUGUUUCAAGUUGUGAGAACAAAAAGUGUUGAAUUCAUGCCAUUGUCCCUAUCGUGUUUCCUGACACUAAGUGCGAUGAUGUGGUUCGCUUAUGGGGUGUCCCUCAAGGAUAUAUGCGUUACGGUGCCAAACAUAUUGGGAUUCCUAUUGGGAGUAGUUCAAAUGGGACUGUAUGCAUAUUACCGAAACGCAAGCAAGGAGACAAGCAUCGCACCGGAGAAGAAGCCCAAAGAACACAUCAUAAACAUAAACUUAUCCAUGUUAUCAAACUCAGAGGUGCAUCCAGUGGAUUCAGGGCGAAGUAGUGAAGCAGACGAAAAGGAUCAGAAAAAAAGACCCGAUGAUGAUCAGAAGGAAGAGGAAGCAUGUGGAAUUGAAGUGGUGAAGUUGGAUACGGGUGUAAUUGUGGUAUGUGCCAGCCUAAUUAAUUAAUUAACCAAUCCGAUUUAGAAUUAGUAGUUGUGGAUCGAGAUGUCCGGUUUGUUUAUUUAUUGUUGCUGAGACUAGUGGUGUCGUGUAGGGUAGGAUUGUUUUAAGUUUAGGUAUAUUUUGAUCAGACAACAACACACACUAUCUCUCUCUAUCUAUCUCUCUUUCUCUCUCCGUAACAGAAAUCCAUCCGAAAAAAGCUAAAACAAACUCCAUUUGCAUUUGCUUUUUCUGAUGCAAAUUCGACAUAUACCGAUACCUACAUAACAACACUGCAUGCCAAUUAUAGCAACUCUACUCCUUAGAUAUACACAUAUAAAAUAAGAUAUUUUCAAUUCAUUCAACACCAAAGUUCCAAACUUGCCAUCGAACGUAUUAUUUGUGUAUUUUACACCGAAUCAUCCAAAAAUAACAAAACUAUCCCUUACUUCAAUAUGUUUUGUGGGAGAGAGUGAGUGACAAGGAUGGCGACACAUGGGGCUAGGAGCUGGGGGCCGAAUGGGGAUGAUAUUGGCUAAGGGUAGG